GUCCAGUACGUGUCGCAUUUGUCUUAUUAAUGUAACGCGAGGCAACCGUCGUGCAGUUAUCAGUCAUGUGUCGUAGACAAAAAUCCCGCUCGGGACAUCCCGCAUUUUUUGCACUUACUUAAGAUUCCCUCGACUAGCGCGAACUCAAUCUUACGACCAAUGGCCCCGACAUCGAUCUCUCGGCUCGUUGCUGAUCCCCCGCGCACCGUCCGCAUUUAAUCGCGCGCGUCGUCGGCAUAUAUUAUAAGGAAGAAAUUCGCACACUCGUGUAGUUUUCCUUUCGUAGGCAAUCGUCGUACGUCGCUCAAGAUAGUUAGCGCUAUUUUUGCAUAUGCAUUUGCGGCAUUAACUUAUGAUAAUGGCGGAUAAAAACAAUAUGGAGCUCAUCAUUCAAUCGAAGGAAUCUACGUCGAGACUUCCACACGUUUCUGCUGAAAGUAUCGUAAACUCCGAAAACAGAAGACUAGGAUGUAGUGUUCAACGUAUAUUUAUUUCUGCAAUCGACGCGAUUAAUCAUGCACUGAUCAUAGCAGUAACGACGUACCUCAUAUAUUACACGGCGAAGAAUAACAUACAUUACGUAACAAAUAUACAUGUAAUCCUCUGCACUAUCGGAUACAUUCUACUGAUGUCGGAGGCCAUUGUUGUGUUGACGGGUGAUAAUAUUCUGACUGGUUCUCUCUCCCGUCGCGCCAACAAACAUCUCCAUUGGAUUCUGCAAGCCAUUGGAUUGAUCUGCAAUUUAGUUGGUGUGAGUCUGAUGAUCCAAGCCAAAUCAGUACACUUCAAUUCGAUCCACGGUAUUACGGGCAUUGCUUCUCUGGUAAUCGUGUGCACGGUAACGAUUUUUGGAUAUCCAGUGUGGAUCGCGUGGAAACUACGCAAAUUCGUGCGGCCGGUGGUUAUCAAGUUCCUUCACAAUUUUCUGGGCAUCGCCGGUUUUGUUAUCGGUAUAGUAUCACAGUGUUACGGUUACAAAAAGAAAUGGAUAUACUAUUUGGAAAAAAUAGAAUACGCCGAUGAUGUUCUACUUAUUCUUACGGUGUUGAUCAUGAUACUAUCUCUGAGAGGUGCAUUCAUUUCUCUCAAUAGGCAAGCUGUCGGUUCCCUAAAAUUACUCUGCCCUUCUGUCUUGUAGAAGAAUAUUAGUGCCAAAUCGUUUAAGAAAAAAAUAUUUUAUUUAUUUUUUUACGAUUAGAAUAAUAAUGUAAAUAAUUAUAAAUAAUUUUAUAAAUAAUUUAAAGAACUAAUAUGAUGCGACUUUUUUAAAUUUAUGCUAUCUUUUAAUAGGAUAUAAUUCUCUUUAUAUUAAUUAUAUAUAUAAUUCUUUAUAAAUUAAUUAAGAAAAAUUAGAUUAGAAAACAAAUGGUAUAUAGAUGUGCUAUGUCAAAUAAUACUUGAUCAUUAAAAGGAAGAAAUAGUUAUUUUAAAUAAGAAAUACAGUGAAGAAAUACAGUGAAGAGUUUUACACACAAAUCUAUUAGUGAUAAUCUGCAUUUUUGAUGAAAAUUCAAAAUAUGAAAUAAAACAUAAUUAAAUGCAAUUCUUAAAUAAAUAUAUUUGCAUUUAAAUUAAUGGGAAUCAUAUCACACGCGCGACGUACAUUCGAGAGAAAUUUGUCUUAUUAAAUUAA